AUGCCAAACCCUCUAAUUUGGGGUUUUUCUGCAUUCCUGAACAUGCUUUUUACUCCUAUGUGGCUAGUGUUUUUCUUAGGGGUUAUCGUUGGUUGGUUAUGGAAACCAAAUUGGGCUAGCUUGGGGAAAGAUAAAUUGGCUAGUUCAUUGGCUAAGUCUUGGGAUUUUGCUUCACCCAAUUCUGCUUCUCCUGUGUUUUCACCUUUCAAAUUUUUUUCUUCUUCUUCUUCUCCUUUUGUCAAUUCUUCUAUUACAAUGCAAACCCCAAACCCUGAUUCUUUGGGUAUUAAGAAAGACAUGAAUAAAAAAGCUUCAUCUUCUUCAACACCCACCAAAUAUGAUAGUUCAUCCAGUACACCGAAUUCUAGUGAAGAUACGGCAAAUGGUGUUACGAUUGAUGAUUUACAUCAUUUAUAUAAGCUCGUGGAGGAGAAAGAUGGAGGUCUUCCUUGGAUACAUAUGAUGGAUCGGUCUACUCCAACUUUGAGGUACCAGGCGUGGCGUAGAGAGCCAAAGGAUGGACCUCCCCAAUAUCGAAGCAGUACUAUUUUUGAGGAUGCGACUCCUGAGGUAGUGAGGGAUUUGUUCUGGGACGAUCAGUUUCGACCUAAGUGGGAUGAUAUGCUUAUUAACUCGACAACAUUAGAAGAGUGCCCUACUACUGGAACAAUGAAAGUGCAUUGGGUUCGGAAGUUCCCCUUCUUCUGUAAAGACAGAGACUAUGUUAUCGGACGGAGAAUAUGGGAAUGUGGGAGGUCAUACUAUUGUGUUACAAAGGGGGUAGAUUGUCCUUCAAUCCCCAGACAAGAAAAACCCAGACGUGUCGAUGUGUAUUACUCUAGCUGGUGCAUUAGAGCAGUUGAAUCAAAGAGAGGUAAUGGUCAAUUGACUGCUUGUGAAGUUUUACUCUUCCAUCAUGAAGAAAUGGGAAUUCCAUGGGAACUUGCAAAGCUUGGAGUAAGAAAAGGUAUGUGGGGAACAGUACAGAAGAUUGAGCCUGGUUUGCGUGCUUAUCAAGAAGCCAAAGCUUCUGGAGCCCCACUCUCUCGUUCCGCUUUCAUGGCCAGUGUCAACACAAAAAUAAGUCCCGAGUACUUGCAAUCCGUUGGAUCCUCUGAUGAUUUAUCACAAAUCGACAGUGCAAUCACUUCUGACAAACCAAAAGGCGUGAACGUACCUAAGAUGCUAGUCAUUGGCGGUGCUGUUGCUCUUGCUUGUAGUCUUGAUAAGGGGUUGUUGACCAAGUAUCUUUUAUUUGGUGUUGCUAGAAGAUUUGCUAAUAUGGGUAAACGAUAG